AUGGAUCUGUCCGUGCACUCAUGCGCUAGUACGGUCAUCGAGGCAAGGCUAUCUCAAGUGGAGCUUGAGGCGAGCGAACGUCUAGCAGAAAUUCAGCGAAAAGAGUUGCGGAUCGAAGCCGACUUAAUAAAGAAGAGGCUAGAGGCGCAGAAAUCACAGAUUAUAGCGGAAGGAAGCACGGGCGCAGUCUCAGAUGCGGGUGACGUCGAGCCACAACAGAAACGAAUCCUGAAGUGGAUGGACGACUCUCAGGAUGACAAGACUAUAACCGAGCCAGCUAAGAAGAGGUUAGCCAACGAGCCACCACCGGACUACGAGACUCCUAGACGGCCUCUGCGGGACGAGCGACAUAUGCGACGCCGCUCACCGAGCCGCGAGGAACGUCAACGGCGAUCGGAAUCGCCACCGGAGGAGCCCCGUACGCCGCACACGGCGCGUACGCAACACACGCAGGAAGGCACAGUUGCGGAGUCUAUGCUGCAUUUGUUCGAGAAGAUGCAGAUGGCGGCUCGUCCGGCACCUAAAGAUAUCUUCGAGCUACCUCACUUCUACGGAGAUGUGAGCGAAUGGCGAAGCUUUUACAAUACCUACAUCGAGACAUCGAAGCGCUACAAGUUCACCGACUACGAGAACGUUGCAAGACUGCGUAUGGCGUUACGCGGGGACGCUAAGAUGUGCGUGUCACAUGUCCUGUCUACAGCUACUCGUCCAGACAUGGUUAUACGUAUUUUGAAGAAGCAGUUUGGCCGAAGCGAGGUGCUUUUGGAUAAAGCAAUCGAGGACCUACGAAGACUGCCACCGUUGGGGCCGAGCGCGAACGACCUCAAUACGUUUGCGAUCAAGAUUAUGAACGUCGUAUCUACUAUCAUGGACAUAGAUAGAAGACACUACGCCGACAAUCCGAUGCUGAUACGGGAAGUAACCGAUCGAUUAUCGCCUCAUCUACGAAGCAGAUGGUGCGACUACGCCAACAGACAUCGCGAUAUCGACGACCCCGAGAUCCUGCAGUUGGCUGAUUUUCUGAUGGAAGAGAGCGAGCUAGAGAUGUCAUUCUGUCACGCGCGCGCACCAGCGAAGCGCGCGCAGGGACCAAUGACAGCACCGUACGCGCGCGCGCCUGGCGCUAGACUAUGUAUGGACGCGAAACAUUUGAAGUCGCAAUGCAACGCGAAAGGGUGCGGCGUGACAGGCUGCCCGCACACGCAUCACCGUUUGCUGCACACCGAGCCUACACAGGCGAACAACAGCAGUGAGGCUACAAUAGCGGUAGCGCAGUCGACGCAUCGAGCGGUCGCCUCACCGAAAGUGACGUCAUCGUUUGCGGCAGCGGCCGAAACAGAGUCGCGGCCUACAGAACGAGAGGACAACGAUCCGCGCGUCUACGUGUCGUCAACCCCAAACUUCAACGUGCUACUGAAGGUGCUGCCUGUAACAGUCACGGGGCCGAAGGGUACGGCUCAAAUAUUCGCUUUCCUCGACGACGGGUCAACGCUUUCCAUGAUGGAUCAAGACGUCGCAGAUGAAAUCGGAGCAGUAGGCGAAGACGAACCUCUCUGUCUACGUGGGAUAAGAAACCUGAAGCACACAUCUAUCACGCAAACUGUAAAGGCGCAAGUGGGACCGCUGCGAGGAGGCACCGUGCACGAGAUCGUCAUGAAGACCGUAGAAGGACUUGGCAUACGAUCGCAAUCACUCAACAAGGCCGAAUUGAUGAAGCACAAACACUUAGAUGAUUUGGGCGACGAAUGCUACGUGGGUACAGGAGUACCGCAGAUGCUGAUUGGAGGCGAUUUCUGCCACCUGAAGACUCCCAUCGAGAUCAGGCAGGGCGGAGAGGACGAGCCUUGCGCAAUGAAGACACCCUUGGAGGACGACGAAUUAAUCGAUCAAGUUAAGAAGCAUUGGUCGAUCGAAGCGUUAGGAGUAACGAAUAAAGAAAACGUCAGUCCGAGCGAUCAGCGAGCCAUCGACAUUUUCAACGCUACGGUACGCAAGACUGCAGGGGGCCGGUACGAGGUCGGUCAACUGUGGGCGUCGGACAACGUGAAGCUACCACCGAGUUACGUAAUGGCGCGGUCGAGGCUACACAACUUGGAGAUGAAAAUGCGGCGCAACAAGGACUUCGCUGAAGACUACGAAGCCCAAAUUCAGAAGUUACUACAGAAAGGAUACGCGGAACGUAUCAUGGAGCCGCCGCAGACCGACCGAACCUGGUUUUUGCCGCACUUUAAUGUAUUUAAUUUAAAUAAAGGCAAAGGAAGAGCCGUUUUUGACUGCGCGGCAAAAAGUCAAGGAAAUAGUCUGAAUGACUAUAUUUUAUCGGGGCCAGACCUACUACGAAGCCUAUUAGGAAUUUUGCUACGAUUCCGCGAAUGGAAUUUCGCGGUGGUCGCGGACAUACAAGAAAUGUUCCUGCAAAUUCAAAUGCGAGAAGAAGAUCAACAGAGCCAACUCUUCCUGUGGCGCGGCACUAGAAGAGAUAUGGAGCCCCAGGUGUACAAACUAAACAGAGUUUGUUUUGGCAACGUGUCAUCGCCUUUCCUCGCGCAUUCGGUGCGUAAUAGGAACGCGCUCGACAACCAGGACAAAUAUCCGGACGCGGUCUACGACAUCCACAAUAACCAUUAUAUGGACGAUUACGUGGCAUCGUACGAGACCGAGGAUGAGCUGCUACGAGUAUCACAACAAGUGCGAGACUCGCACGCGGAGGGCAGUUUUCAUCUACGAGGCUACGCGAGCAACAGUACGCGAAUGCUGGCAAGCGUCGAGCACGAACUACACGCAGCGCAAGGACCGACGUAUCUGGGCGAAGGUCAACCUACAGUUCUAGGCAUGACGUGGGACCCUAGGACGGACACUCUGGGCUACAACACGAAAAUGCUGCGAGUUCCCGAGGCUGUGAAGACGCAAGAACGGCCGCCGACAAAAAGGGAACUUCUCAGCGCGAUAAUGUCCAUAUACGACCCCAUGGGACUUAUCGCUCACUACGUCAUCAGCGCUAAAAUGAUAUUUCAGCGAGUUUGGAUAAAAGGCACUACGUGGGACGCACCGCUACCAGACAAAGAAGCUGAAGACUUUUUUCAGUGGCAGAACGCACUGAAACACGUAGCGGCGCUACGCAUACCUAGAAGGUAUGAGUCACCGGGCGGAGCUACGAGAUACACGCUACACGUUUUUACCGACGCGUCAACUGAAGCCUAUUGCGCCGUGGCGUAUUGGCGUAUCGAGAACAAAGAAGAUGUACGAGUCAGCCUAGCAGCGGGCAAAAGCAGAGUUUGCCCCCUGAAAGUAUUGUCAGUACCACGACUAGAGCUCACAGCCGCAGUAAUCGGAGUUCGACUGGCCGAGACGAUUAAAAAGGAGCAACGAUACAACGUCGAGAAAAUUAUCUACUGGACGGAUUCUCGAGUAUUGCUAGGAUGGAUCAAGGACGACGCAAGAAACUACAAGCCGUUCGUGUCACACCGUUUGGCUGAAAUAGCUGAAAAAUCGGACCGGCGGGCGUGGAUGUACGUGCCAACCGACGUGAACCCCGCAGACCACGCUACGAGAGGGAAGCCGGCGAGGAAAAUCACCGCUCACGACGAAUGGUACAAAGGACCGUCAUUUCUUCACCGACCAGAAGUGGAGUGGCCGAGUCAAGAAAUAGGCAGACCGACUGAAGACCUUCCUGAAAGGAAAAGCGGAGUCACAGUAGAUACUACGUUAUCUACUACUACGUCAAAGUCAGAUCCGUCGAGCGUGCUACCUGACAUACGACGCUUCAGUAAUUACGAUAGGCUAAUGAAUUCGACGGCCUACGUUCUACUUUUCAUAGAUAAGAUGAAAAAUAAGAACAAGACGCUGCAGCUGCAAGUGAACCACAUAAAGCGAGCCGAGCAUAUGUGGCUACAGAAUAGCCAACGAAGAAGUUUCCCAGACGAGCUGCGCACUCUAAGCGCAGGACGCGAUUUGGACAAGAAAUCGCGAAUAUACAAUCUAGCACCCGAGCUGUGCGACGACGGCGUGCUGCGAAUGAAGACGAGGUUAGGAAACGCUCCAGUGUUGUACACAUCGGUACGACCCGUAAUAUUGGACGGCAAGGACUCAUUUACCAGACUAAUGGUCCAACGCGCACACAGGCGAAUGGCGCACAUUCAUAACGAGGCAGUGGUAAAUCAGCUACGACAAGAUUACUGGAUAUUACAACUGCGACCUACCGUGAAAGCUGUAGCGCGAGACUGCGCGCUGUGUAAGCUACGUCGAGCUUCACCGCGAGCGCAGCCCCUUGGCGAUCUACCACCCGAGCGGCUACAGGCUUACCAGAGGCCAUUCACCUACACCGCGCAAGACUACCUCGGGCCUAUGUACGUGACCAUAGGACGACGACGAGAGAAACGCUGGGUGUGUCUGUACACAUGCCUAGUAACUCGGGCUAUUCACCUCGAAACUGUACAUAGCCUGUCUACGGAUAGCGCUCUACUGGCGCUAAGGCGCUUCGCCGCACGAAGAGGAUGGCCGAGCGUUAUGUAUAGCGAUAACGCAACCUGCUUCAAGGCGGCAUCGAACGAGCUACGUGAAGCCUACAGGCAAUGGCUUCCGCAAUUGCAACAUUGCGGCAAUCCAUCUGCAGGCGGAGCCUGGGAGCGGAUGGUACGCACCGUGAAGACAGCGAUGCUCUAUACCUUCAACACUAGAGCACCGAAAACCGAAGUGUUCGAGACUCUACUGGCAGAGAUCGAGAAUAUCGUUAACAGAAGGCCGUUAACACACGUGAACGUCGACCCAGAGAGCGAAGAAAGUCUCACACCUGCGCACUUUCUUCUACUUCAUAACGCUAACUUACCUAUGAUUGGCGCUUACGAAGAAAACGACAAGCGACAAUGGAGGGCUGCCCAGGCGCUAGCAGACCACUUCUGGCGGCGCUGGACCAAGGAGUACUUUCCACUGCUGGCACCACGCAAAUCAUCCGACGACGGAGGGCGACAGAUCCAGCCGGGAGAUGUUGUCAUCAUUUCUGAGCCCAACGGACCACGCAGCGUGUGGCCCAAAGGAGUCGUCGAGACCGUCUAUCAUGGACCCGACGGGAGGGUUCGCUCCGCAGACGUCAGAACGAGGCACGGGACGCUACGCAGGCCGAGCUGCAAGCUGGCGGUCAUCGCGUCGCAACCCAUGCACCAGGAGUCUUCGACUGCGGGGACAAAAUGUUAG